AUGGCGACGGCAAGAAAAGGGAGAGAGCUUUUUACUAUUUUGGAAACUAGCGCGGACACAGAAAGUAGCACGGAGUGCGACAGCCAAGACGCCCCGCUUAAUCUUUCGGCCGAUGUGAAGUGGUUGGAAAUUCCCAACAGAAAGCCGGACUCGGACGAGGAGGAAGACGACGACGACGACGAGGAGGAGGCGGCGGCGGACGGCGAGGGGGAGAAUGGAGUGACGAGCACGGCAGCCGCGGCGGCGGAGACUGCGGACGCGGCCAGCCUGAUCGCGGGAGGCGGCUGCAACAUUAUUCUGGUCACCGGCAGCAACGGGAUCAAGCACGACGAGGAGGACUACGCGGAGGACUGCUAUUAUUCCACCUCCACCAACUGCUCCGACACCAACUCCAACGAUUCGGAUAUUGAUUUCUCCGAUCUGGAGGAGGAGGAGGAGCGCAGGAGCUUUUUCGGCUUCGAGGAGGACCUGGAGGAGGACUGCGCGUCUCCGGACUUCUGGGGCGAGCCGGACCAGGUGAUCGCCAUCGAGCCGUUCUCCGCAGCCAGUGGCCCUCAGCACUCGCUCGGGGACGAAGCUGACACCCGUGACUAUUUCCGGAUACUCUUCCCAGAUUCUCUUUUUGAACACAUGGUAGAACAAACAAACAAUUACGCCCUCUAUCGGCAGAGAAGGGUUGGGAAAUCCGACCCCCACUGGCACCCCACCGAUGUCAGAGAGAUGAAGGCUUAUGUGGGUCUGAAUAUUCUGAUGGGCAUCAAUCAGCUGCCCGACACGGGCAUGUACUGGGCCAGUGACAUUUUUAUUGGGAACGCGGGCUUUAAGAAAACAAUGACGUCCAGACGCUUUGAGAAACUCACCCAGUACCUCCAGCUGUGUGACCGGGAGUCUGAGCCUGUGCGCGGGGAGCGGGGCUACGACGGCCUCUUCAAAAUCAGGCCUCUGCUGGACGUGGUGGAGAACACGAUGUGGGACGCGUACACGCCCAACCGCUGCCUGACCAUAGACAAGUGCGCCGUCGCCACAAAGAGCCGCUUCUCUCCCACCCAGUACAUGUCCUCCAGGCCCUUGAGGAAGGGGCUGACGGUGUGGAUGCUGUGCGACUCCCGCUCAGGUUACUGCCACAGGACCAAGAUCCACGUGGGCAAGCCCAGCGACGACGAGGCGGCGGCCUCCCUGGGCUACAGGGUGGUGAGCUCUCUGGUGCGAGGCCUGGAGGGCCAGUACCACCACGUGUUCAUGGACAGCUUCUUCACCUCCGUGCCCCUCCUCCAGAGACUGCUGAGGGACGGACUGUACGCCUGCGGGCCCACUCAGGCCGGGCGAAAGGGCUACCCGGAAGUCCUCCGUCCCCGUAACGUGGGGAAGCUGUGCCAGGGGGAGUUCUACCAGUGCCAGCGCGGUAACCUGGUAGCCACGGUGACCCGGGACGUCAAGACGGUCAGCUGCCUCUCCACCAACUCCGCGCCUGGCAUUGUGGGCAUAAGCCCGGGCCGUCAGCAGCCGGACACGGACGGAGAGGGCGAAAGCGACAGCCUGGACGGCUCCGGCUUCUCGUUGGGUGUGCCGCGGCCUCUGCCGCUGCUGCUGUACCAGGAGAACAUGAGGGGGGUGGACCUGUGCGACCAGCUGAGGGAGUGCUACCAGGUCGGCCGGCCGUGCAAGAAGUGGUGGCGCUACUUCCUGUGGUUCUACGUCAACCUGUGCAUAGUCAACGCCUACAUAAUACUUAGGGAGAGCCGGGGGGGCGCGCCGCCGGCGGGGUUCAACGGGAAGCAGUUCACCCAGCGCCACUUCCGGGUGCGGCUGGCGCAGCAGCUCAUCGGAGACUACCAGGGGGCAAGGGGCAUGGAGCGAGCGGCACGCAAGAGGCACGCGGACUCACCCAUAGAGUACGGACAUCGGCUGGAGCGCAUGUCGGAGCGCUCCCGCCGGUGCAGGAACUGCACCAACAAGGGACUGCGGCACGAAAGCGUGUUCGGCUGCAAAAUAUGCAACGUGCACCUGUGCAGGGGCGGCUGCUUCUCUGAGUUUCAUAAAUAA